AUGGUUAUAAACAUCUUUGGGGUCUUAUCCCUAGGCUUGCUGCUUCUCAAAGGAAGCCUUGCCCAGACGGACCGGGACCUGCAGUCCAACAUUCCCGCUGAGGAGGCAAAGGCCCUUGAAAGCAUUGUUGAAGAUGAGCCCAACGUUUUCAAGCUCCUCAAGGAUUGGGAAAGCCCAGAGUACAAUUUGAUCUACCGUGUUCCCCUGCCAAUCCCUCCCGUCAAGCAACCACUCAAGAAAAUCACCAGCCCAGUCACCGGCCAGGAGAUCUGGUACUACGAGUUUGAGAUCAAGCCCUUUUCUCAACAGGUGUACCCGAACCUUCGUGCUGCCAGGCUGGUAGGCUACGAUGGCAUGUCGCCGGGGCCCACCAUAAUCAUCCCAAGAGGCACAGAGAGCAUCGUGAGGUUUGCCAAUAAUGCUGAUGUUGAAAACUCUGUCCAUUUGCAUGGCUCUUACUCCCGUGCUCCUUUCGAUGGAUGGGCGGAAGAUAUUACCAACCCCGGAGAGUACAAGGAUUACUACUAUCCUAACCGCCAGUCUGCUCGUAUGCUCUGGUAUCAUGACCACGCCAUGGGAAUUACCGCCGAGAAUGCCUACAUGGGUCAGGCCGGUGCUUACAUCAUCACCGAUGAAGCGGAGGAUGCGCUUAACCUUCCCAGCGGUUACGGAGUCUACGAUAUUCCUCUUGUCCUGUCCUCCAAGCAAUACAAUAGCGACGGAACUCUUUUUUCUACCCAUGGCGAGACGGACAGCCUCUGGGGGGAUAUUAUCCAUGUCAACGGACAACCCUGGCCGUACUUCAACGUUGAGCCUCGGAAAUACCGGCUGAGAUUCCUCAAUGCGGCCGUGUCUCGAUCUUUUGCCCUCUACUUUGUCAACAGCGAGGCAUCCAACGCCAGGCUGCCGUUCAAGUAUGUCUCGAUGGCUGAACGAUACGAAAUUGUCUUUGAUUUUUCCGCCUACGCGGGCAAGUCCAUCGAGCUCCGGAACCAAGCCAAGGUUGGAGGAAGAGGUACCGAUGAGGAUUUCUUGAACACAGACAAGGUCAUGCGCUUCAACGUUGGACCCGGGCCUCUCAGCGAGCCGGAUACGUCAACUGUCCCCGACAGCCUCCGUGAUGUCCACUUCCCUCCCGCAUCCAGCGGCAUCGACCACCACUUCCGCUUCCACCGCACAAACGGCGAGUGGCGGAUCAACGGUGUCGGCUUCGCGGACGUUCAAAACCGCGUGCUCGCCAAUGUCCCGCGUGGCACUGUUGAAAUCUGGGAGCUCGAGAACAGCUCUGGCGGCUGGACGCACCCCAUCCACGUGCACCUCGUUGACUUCAGGGUUCUUUCCAGGACUGGUGACCGCGGUGUUAUGCCGUACGAGGCCGAGGCUCUUAAGGAUGUCGUCUGGCUUGGUCGAGGGGAGACUGUUAUCGUUGAAGCUCAUUAUGCUCCUUGGGAUGGCGUGUACAUGUUCCAUUGCCACAAUUUAAUUCAUGAGGAUGUGGACAUGAUGGCUGCGUUCAACGUCACUGCCCUCCCAAACUUUGGCUACAACGAGACCUCCUACAUCGACCCCAUGGAGGAGCGCUGGAGAGCCAAGCCCUACGUCCAGUCGGACUACACGGGCCGCACCGGCGACUUUAGUGACUCCGCCAUUGUCGACCGCGUGGAGUACAUGGCGGGCCUUAAUCCCUACGCCCAUGUAGCCAAUCUUACCGAGGCUUUGGAUGCCUACUGGGCUAACCAGAAUACUCGCCGGGAUGCCGGGUCCGAUGAGCGGACUGCUCCCAUUCCCCGUUACCGAAGAUUCCAGGUCUGA